AUGACGCCUACACAGUUUCUGAUCCAGGAGUGUGUGUCGCUGAUAUCGAAGCCAAACGUUAUUGCUACUCUGUGUUACGCCGUUGACAAUCCCCUUCAUUACCAGAAGAGUUUGAAGCCAUCGGCCCACCUAUUCACUCAACUGAGUAAAGUUCUUAAGCUCAGCAAAGUCCAAGAGGUGAUAUUUGGACUUGCUUUGCUCAACUCCAGCAACGCAGACCUUCGUGGUUUUGCCGCGCAGUUCAUCAAGCAGAAACUCCCCGACCUCCUGCGGUCAUACGUUGACGCCGAUCUCGGAGGAAACCAGGAAGGUGGCUUUCAGGACAUUGCCAUCGAGGUCUUGCAUUUACUGCUGUCCCAUCUACUCUUUGGCCAAAAAGGAGCCAGUGGGUUAGGGCAGGAGCAGAUUGACGCCUUCCUGAAGACACUCUGCCGAGAUUUCCCCCAGGAGCGCUGCCCUGUGGUGCUCGCACCACUGCUGUACCCUGAAAAACGGGACAUUCUCAUGGACAGGAUCCUGCCAGACUCGGGGGAGUUAGCUAAGACCAUGAUGGAGAGUUCUCUCGCAGAAUUCAUGCAAGAAGUCGGCUAUGGCUUCUGUGCUAGUCUGGAUGAGUGCAGAAACAUAAUCGUCCAGUAUGGGGUGAGAGAGGUGACAGCCAGCCAGGUGGCCAGAGUCCUGGGAAUGAUGGCUCGUACCCACUCUGGCCUGACUGAUGGUAUCCCACUACAGUCCAUCUCUGCUCCAGGUAGUGGUAUCUGGAGCGAUGGCAAGGAUAAGAACGAAGGCUCGCAGGCACACACGUGGAAUGUGGAGGUUCUCAUCGACGUUGUGAAGGAAGUGAAUCCUAACCUUAACUUCAAAGAGGUGACCUACGAGCUGGACCAUGCAGGAUUUAUAAUCCGGGACAGUAAAGGCCUGCAUAUCGUGGUGUACGGCAUUCAGAGGGGGUUGGGCAUGGAGACGUUUCCUGUUGAUCUGAUCUAUCGACCAUGGAAACACGCAGAAGGACAGCUCUCAUUCAUUCAGCACUCUCUGAUGAGCCCAGAAGUGUUUUCCUUUGCCGACUACCCUUGCCACACUGUGGCCAUAGACAUCCUUAAGGCCCCACCGGAGGAUGACAACAGAGAGAUCGCAACCUGGAAAGGUCUGGACCUGGUGGAGAGCCUGCUGAGGCUGUCGGCAGGUGGGCCAGUACGAGCAGGUGAAGCAGCUGUUCAGCUUUCCCAUCAAGCAGCUGGCCCAGACAUGUUGGUUGCUGGAACUUUUAUCCAGGCAUGUGUGACAUCUCCUGAAGAGGCGCUGCCCAUAACCAUCUCCAUGGGGGUCUGGCACCCGGACAAGGACCAGGCCAAAAGCGGCCAGCUGCCCUGA